UGGAUUCCGAACCCACGAUUCGAUAGUAUCGUCUAUAUAAAUAUAGAUAUUCCGGUCUCUGGAAUGACUAUGAGAUGUGAAGUCAUUCCAGGAGUUAACUUGCAGUUAUUUGUAAAAAAUAAUUUCAUAAUACCCGCCUGAUUUUACCAACCGGAAACGCCAUAAGACAUAGGGAGGGGUUUCCGUUUCCGGCUUCUUGCUCAUAAACGGUAAACGACUCGAGUGGUUUGUGGACGUGGUUUGCGCUUAAGCGGCUCAGGGUCAUAUUCGUCGAUUUGUGAAAAUCAUGUCUGAACCUGAACCUAAACCCGAACCUGAACCUAAACCCAAACCGGAACCUGAACUCCUGAAAACCCAUUGGGGCGCUUCAAAGGAAGUUACGGAGGCUAUUCUGGAAUGCUUGGAGUCUGCACUUAAGAGACUGGUGGAAUCACAGUCGAAGUCGUUGUUAAAGAAGUUCUUCACCAGGGAUAUAGUGGACAAACUGAAAAUGAAGACUUCUAAAUUCGGGGCCACACUGCAAGAUUGCAUUGAUCCUGGUGUAAACAAUCUUGAGUUGGAAAUUGGACUGACUGCAGUGGACCCUGACUGUUACAGAGUUUAUGCAGACCUAUUUGUGCCUAUUAUUGAAGCAUACCAUAAAAUAGAAAAAGAUACUCCACAACCGGGAAUUGACAAUUGGGGCUUUAUCCCAGAUUUUAGAAAUGUGGACCCAAAGGGAGAACAUGUUGUGUCGACAGGAGUGACGUGCUUCAGGAACCUGCGAGGGUAUCCAUUUAGUCCGCUUAUGACUGAGACCAACUUUAGAGACAUUGAAGCUAAGUUGCUUAUUGCUUUACGGCAACUUUCUGGAGAAUUGUCUGGGACUUACUAUCCUUUGGGAGAUAUACCAGAAAACACCCGAUACGAAUUCAUCGCUGAGAAUUACUACAAGGAUGGCAAACGUGUCAUAGGAUCAGCAGACAGUAACAGCUAUUGGCCAAGCGGUAGAGGGCUUUACUAUAAUCCUAUAAAAACCUUCAUGGCUUAUAUUGGCGAGGAAGAUCAUAUCAUGCUAGUGAGCAAGCAACCAGGAGGAAAUGUAGGAGCAGUCUUCCAAAGGUUGAUAACGGCUCUUGAAACUCUCCAAGAAUGGGUCGAGUUUUCCACUGAUCAACGCUUUGGGUACUUGACAUCUUGUCCUUCGAAUGUCGGUCAAGCAAUCCGUCCAUAUUUCCAUAUUAAAAUACCCAAGCUGGCUUCUGACAGGCCUAGGCUCAUAGAGCUGGCGGCCAAGUACGAUAUGGCGGUAAGAGAAAUCAUAGAAGAGCCAAUCAACAUGCAUGGAAUCUAUGAGCUAUAUAAUGCGAAACGUUUGGGGACUACUGAAUAUCACAGUGUGAAGGUAAUGACUCAAGGCGUCAUUAAAAUUAUUGAGGCCGAGAAAGCGGCCCCACCGGUGGAUUAUUAUAAACUGUACGGCCAUUCAAGCUCAGCGGAGCAAAGCGGCAUUUAAUUAUA